AUGAGUCAUAUGAGGUAUAACAGAGUUGGAAGCAGCAAGAGAUAUUCUUACAGCUCAACUUCAUCAUCUUCAUCAUCAUCAUCUUCUUCUUCUACAUCAACAUCAUGCCAUGGUUUCAGAGGGUUUAGGUUAAAUCCCAAGAGAUUUUCAGUUCAGAGAUUAAGGACAAAGUUUUUGUUCUUAAUGAAGCUGUUCAGUAAAUGGAGGAAUUCAUAUGGGAAUGCGCUUCGGUCACUCAGAAAGAAUAUUUCAUCAUCAAGAGGGAGCAAAAGCUUCAGGAAAGAUCAAAGCGGCUUGAAUACAAGCAGCAGGAGGAAUUUGGUUUUCUUAAAGAAUGAUGUCGAUGAUCAUCGGAACAGUACGGAUCGUGAUUGCAGAAGGAUGAAAUCUUUUGCCCGUACCAAUUCAUUCUACACGGAAGCCAUUGCUGAUUGCUUGGAUUUCAUCAAGAGAAAUUCUCUUUCUCUGGAUGAAAAUCCCGUUCUUCAUGAAAGAUAGAUAGAAGAAAAGGAAUCCAAGGUUUGAAGAAGACUUUGAAGCUCUGGAAACACUUAUCUUGGAUGCUGGUAUUUACAGAAUUAACUGAUUAAUAUAUUUAGUGUAGCAGGUGUGUGAUUAACCUAAUGAGACAAAAUUAAUUGCAUCAUAAAUUUUGUUUGUUUCACUACAAUAUCUGUUCAAUUUAUAUUUAGAAAUUAAUUUGCUUGCAGUAUAUAUGCAUCCACUUAGGCUCUGUUUGAUAAUCACUGAAGUCUGAAUUUGAACACUUAACACUUAACACUGAAGUUUGAAGUCUAAAGACUGAAUUCACAUUGUUUAAUAUAAACGUCUGAAUUUGAUUUCUGAAGACUGAAGUCUGAAGUCUAAAGGCUGAAUCUGAAUACUCAGGUUUGACAGUUAUUUAAAAUUUUAAUAUCAUUAAAAUUGAAUUAUAAACAAAAUUUUAAAAUAAUAUAAUCAUAAUUUUAAAAUAAGUUUUUGAUAUAUAUAAUGAAAGUAGAUAUUACACUUGGUAAAUAAUCAAUAUAUAAUUAAAUUUAGAUUAUUACAUAUAUAUAUGUAUACCUUGUUAUUUAGCAAAUUUCAUGUAUUAAAAUUAGUUUAAUUUGAGUUUAAAAGUUUGAGAUCUUUUAUACUCAUAAUAUAAAUUCAACUUUAAGUACUCUUAAUUAAUUCAUCUUAAAAAAAUAAAAAUUUUAAAACAAUGUAAAAAUAAGCGUCGAAAUAAAGACGAAGGAAAAAAAGAAAAAAAGAAAAAAGAAAAAAAAAGAGUCAUUACAGAAAUUAAGUGACAAGUGAUAAGUGGUAGGCCUAUCACUUAUUUUCUGGCUCACAAUUGAACUGGACAUUCAGAUGCACUUAAUUAAUUCAGAUAGUGAAAUUUUAAUUAUCAAAUGCACUUAAUUUAUAAAUACUUAAUUAGUUCAGAACUUAAUUCAUUAAAACUUUUUAAUAGUGAUUAUCAAACACACUUAAUUUUAUUAAGUACUUAAAUAAAUUAAAUCACUAUUAAGUGAUUAUCAAACAGAGCCUUACAAUUAACUCGUAGUUGAUGUAUAGAGUAUUGUUAAUUCGGGGGCAACUAUGAUGAUGUUGGAUGUGCUGGUUGUAUCAUGUGAUUAAGAAAAUAUUAAGAAAAUUAUGUGAAAUUUCUGAGUAGGUAGGAAAGAACAACCACGAGAUUAUGCUAACCACCUAAUCUUCUGAUAUCAUGCCACUAUUUUGACUUACUAUCUCAAUUUUUUUUAUGUUUCGCUUUUGGGUGAACCCAAUUUUCUUUUAUCUGUUCGCACUUUAUUCCUAAUGUAGUAUUGGGUACAAUUUUUUUUCAAUUUUUACCCUUAUCUGUCGCACUUUAUUCCUAAUGUAGCAUUGGGUACAAUUUUUUUUCAAUUU